AAUGGUCUACACAGAACGCACCGACAAGUGUCUGACGUCCAGCAAGGAGAGCGCCGGAAAGCAGGACAAAUCCCAGUCGAAGUAUCAGUCCAGUUUCAGUUCCCGUUCGGGCUCCAGUUCCAGUUCCAGUUCGGGCGCCUGGAGCAGUCAGGCGUCGAGCGACGAGAAAUGGAAAUACAAUAAUAUGGUCAAGGAUAAUCGCGACCAGUUCAACGGCAUGCACUUCUCUUAACUCCCAGCCAGAAAUGGUUGGGUCUGCAGAGGGGAGGGGGUGUCUUUGGGCUAGUUUAUUAGCCGGAGUGCAACGUGAUUGAGACCAAUUGUUAUGUCUGGGUUUUAUGGGUAAAUUUGUAAGUUAGUUUAAGACUGUUAUUAGAAAGUGUUAAAUUCUACAAAAUCUGCAAAAAUUAACUAAAAAAAAAAAAAAAAAAAAAAAAAAAAAAACAGAUGCGCAAAAAAAAAGAAGCAAAAAACGUGUUUUAAGUCGCAGAUGAACAAUAAUUGAGGUUAUGUUGAACUUUCUGGUUGAAAGCCGAAUCGUAGUAUGAGAUAAUGCUUUGUCUCUGAUGCUGGAUAUAAUGUUUUAGUUAAUUUGAUUUCCGUUAUACUAUACGUUUUGGCUGAGUAACUGUUUUCAUGAAUUUAACUGUUGUAGAGUUAUGUUAGAGCGAAAGUAUCUCGGAAUUGGAAACAAAUAAGCAUAUGGAGAAACCAGUUUUGAUUUACUUGAAUUAUUUAUUAGUACACGAGGUGUCUAUACAGAGUGAGGUUACUUGAAAAGUUGCACACUUUUAGGUUAGUUAGAGAAUUGAGCAUUUGACAAUAUUUUGGAUUAACGUGACGAAGAUCUUUAAUUGUAUAUGUACAUAUAUAUGUAUAUGUAAUUGAUGACAUAUUGGUGAUUUUAUAAUGUAGCUAUACGAGUAAAUUGAUUACAGUUUUAUUGAAAGUGGGUAAGAUUCAGAAAAUUUUUAUUAAUAAUGACUUAACAAAACAGGGAAACAGGAAAAGCCGGUUAUAAUAUUUGCUGUCUUCCCUUUUGUCAGUCAAUUUCUAUAUCUUGAUGAGUAAAUAUAUUCUAUGAGCUAGAUAUUUGGUAUAUAAUACACAUAAGAAGUGCUCUACUUUCUUCGAUUUCCAUCAUUUGCCUAGUAUUCCCUAGUUGAUCACUUUCAAGCAGAGUUCUCUUGCCUGAUACUUUUUGCUGAUUACUUGAUAUUACAAGAAAUAGUUAAACUCUUUAGACAUUUUAA